UCAAACGCUCAAAAUUUUCUAUUUCAUCUUCUCACUUUUGUCAUUUUCCUUUCUCUCUCUCCCUCCCUCUCAUACCUGUGCCAAAUUUCAAUCUAGGGUUUCUUUUUCUUUUUCUCCCAUUCCCAUUGUAAAUGCGGCUCCUUUGUUGCUAGAUUUCUAUUCGCCGCAAGUAUUUUUGGUGACUUUACAGUGCAGCAGAAUCCACGCAUUCGUCUUCAUGAUCACUUCUAAUGUCUACUCUCUGCACUUGUAGUUUUCCAAGAUUCCACCUUUAUUUCUUCCCUAGGUGGAUGGUAUUUCAAAAUUGAAGUUUAGAAGCAUUCUUUCCUAAGAAACCAUGUUCUUGAUUUUUUAUUCUUCUGGCAUAUUCUUUUUUGAAUCCGGGUUCAAAGAUUAGAUUUUUAACUGGAGACAUUUGUUAAAGAAAGAUUUUUUUUUGUGUAAGUGGGCAAUUUUUGGUGAGUAUAUGCAUGGAUGCAAGGGAAGGGGUAGGGCUCUCUGGUUCUGCUUCAUACUAUCUGGGUAGAGGUGGCGGCAGUGGCGGCGGAGGAACACUAUCUUAUGGUUCAGGUUACAAAUCUCAAGCAAACCCUAACAUUGCAGUCCAGUCCAAUGUUAGAGAUGGAGCAUUUCAAUUUGAGAACCAAUCUGGGAAUGCUGCUCAUGGCAUUGAUCCGGUGAAGAAGAAAAGAGGCAGGCCAAGGAAAUAUGGGCCUGAUGGGGCCACCAACAUGUCUUUAGCAUUGUCAACCGUGGCUUCUCCGGUGUCCAUUGGGCCUAAACGGGCUAAAGGAAGGCCCCCUGGAAGUGGGUGGAAGCAGCAAUUAGCUCCUCUUGGUGAAUGGAUGAAUAGUUCAGCUGGGCUAGCUUUCACACCAUGUAUCAUACAAAUUGGGGUAGGGGAGGAUAUAGCAGCAAAAAUACUAGCAUUUGCGCAGCAGAGACCUAGAGCAUUAUGUAUAUUGUCAGCUAAUGGCACAAUUUCUGCUGUAACACUGAGGCCACCAGGAAGUUCUGGAGCCACUGUAACUUAUGAGGGCCGUUUUGAAAUGCUCUCCUUGACUGGUUCGUACUUGGUUUCUGAAAAUGGCGGCCCCCGGAACAGGACGGGUGGUUUGAGCAUUUCUAUAAGUAGCCCUGAUGGGCAUGUCCUCGGGGGUGCAAUUGGAGGGAGGCUUAUUGCAUCAAGUCCUGUUCAGGUGGUGGUAUGCAGUUUCGUGCACGGUAAUUUGAUGAAGAGUAAGAGCAAAACAGAGAGUACGGUUAUCACGGAAGAAGAGAAGGAUUCAGUGGUCGGGUCUGCCUCCGAGAUGAGGUCAUCUUCAUCGACUAUGGUGCUCGCCGCCGGGUCUGCCGCCGAGAUGAGGUCAUCGUCAUCGACUAUGGUGCUCGCCGCCGCUUCUUCUCCAAGUCAAGAUCCUGCCCCAAGCUCUUCAAUUUGGCCUCCAAGUUCCAGAUCAGAUAGUAGAGCUUUUCAGACCGGGAUUGACCUUAUGCGCGGGUGAGGCUCUUGGUCAUUGUGUUUUUUUUUGUAUAUAUGUGUUUAUUUAUUCAUAAAUAUAUAAUGUGGUAGAUGUGAACUGUUCUAACAAACACACCUGAAAUAGAGAUUUAUGCUAUUAUGAUUUAUCAUCCAAAAAUGGAGAAUCGGUUGACCUGAUAGUAAUAUACUAAUAUUGAAUUCUCUUUUGACUCUUAAUUUCUUUUUGUAAGCGGAAUCUUUAAUUAUUAUGAAAAAACCGUAUGAAGUAUUAUGGGCUGAUGCAUGUUCAAAG